CUACCUAACCCUCAAAUUCAAACUACAGAUGUCCGUCAGUCUCUACUUAGAUUCUUCCAGUUCUUUUAGCAGCAUUUACAGUCAUAUAUACACACAUAUGUGUAUUUCUGAGGGAAAAUAACAAAUUUUCCCGAGAAACAAACACAAAAAAAAAAAACCAAAAACCCAUCCUAUCAAGCCCACCUUCUUCGAUCUCUUCCCAUUUCCAGCCGUCUGAGAAAGAUAGAUAAACGCCAAUAUAAAAGCAAAUGGUUAUAAACUACUGGCAUAAUGGUCGUUGAAUCGAAUGAAGCUUCGAUUUUGAUUUGCGAGGCAUGGUUAGAGAGGUGAAUUCAAUCUUUUAGCUUCAAAGAUUUACACAAUAUGUAACUUUCGCUUCAAGGAUAGAGUCGGCUGAUUUUAGGGUUUAACACAUGAAUUUGAAUUUGCACAGCAUUGGAUCUUUGGACCUGAGCUGUUGAUUUUGAUUGCAUUGAAAUCUGACGGUGAUGUCGUCGUUGGCGAGAGAGUUUGAUCCACUGUUGAAGGAUCUGAGUGAGAAGAAGCAGAGCUUUCGCCGGAACGUUGUGUCGCUGGCGGAGGAGCUCAAGGAGGUUCGGAGCCGCCUCACUUCAAAGGAACAGUCAUUUGCUCUUGAAACCCUAACAAGACAGGAGGCGGAGACGAAGGCAAAGAGCAUGGAAGAGGAGAUGAGUAGACUGCAGAAGAGCUUAGAGGAGAGUAAUGAUCAGCUUAAAGUAUCUGCAUCUAGUGCUGAAAAGUAUCUGAUGGAGUUAGAUGGUCUUAAAUCACAACUUUCAGUAACCAAAGCAACUGCAGAUGCAAGUUCUGCAUCAGCUCAAUUUGCUGAACUUCAAUGUUUGGAACUUAUGAAGCAGAUGGAUGAAAAAAAUAGUUCAUUAAAAGAGCAUGAGCUUCGCGUAACUAGGAUGGGAGAGCAAUUAGAUCUUCUGCAGAAGGAUCUCCAAGCGAGGGAAUCUUCCCAGAAGAAACAAAAAGAGGAAGUUUUAAGAAUUGAGCAUGAUAUUAUGCAAGCUCUGGUCAAAGCUGGGGGAAGCAAAGAUUGUGAGCUGAGGAAAAUAUUAGAUGAGGUUUCACCAAAGAAUUUUGAGAAGAUAAACAAGCUUUUGAUUGUUAAGGAUGAAGAAAUAGGCAAAUUGAGAGAUGAAAUCAGGAUAAUGUCUGCUCACUGGAAGUUCAAAACUAAGGAAUUGGAGUCGCAAUUAGAGAAACAUCGGAGAGCUGAUCAGGAUUUAAAAAAGAGGGUUCUAAAAUUGGAAUUCUGUCUUCAGGAGUCACGUUCUCAAACACGAAAGCUGCAAAGGAUGGGAGAGCGGCGGGACAAAGCUUUGAAAGAACUCAGAGAUCAGUUAACAACAAAGCAACUGAGUGGAGAUGUGGGUAAUGAAAAACAAAAUUUCUGGGAAAGCUCUGGUUUCAAGAUGGUGGUUUCCAUGUCCAUGUUGAUCUUGGUAUUGUUUUCAAAGCGGUAGAAUAAUUGUGUUCUUUAAGUAAUUAUUGUAUAAAGAGAGCACUGGGAAUCUUAGCCAAAAGGAGACUGAUGUAGAUGCUGUUUAUCUGUAGAAAUGUUCAUUCUAGAGGUUCUCUCU